GCACCAACAGAAUCUAUAGUUGGAGAUUCUAUAAUGUACGUUAGAGCUGGUUUAAAACGUUGUGCUGUCUGUGCCUGUGAACUCUGGCCUGGAUGCUGUGUCCACAUUUAUGCAUCCCUCUUCCUGGGGUUGGGCUUUCCCCCUUGGUAUCCCCUCCUUCCAGCCAACUCUCAGCGAGGUCAUUCCAAUGAGAGCGAAGGAGGCGAUCAGACAAGGUCGAUCUCGCUCUCUCGCUCUCUCCCUCGCUCUUUUGUUGAAGACACUAGCUGUGCGCGAAAGGAGCGUGGUGCUGAAUUUAAUCUGCCUUCGCCAGCCUCAAGGAUAUCGAGAAUUUAUUACAGCAUCGGCAGAAACAGACCCACACACCAAACGCUUAGCCGGGGCCCUCGGGAGACUUAAAUCGAUGGCACCGCUAAAGAGAAUCGUGUGAUCAUCAGCAAGUGUCUGGAGAGAAACCCAGAGAGCACUGGGGAGGCUUGGAAAGAGACUUCAGCACCUCGGACAGCUCCCCGUGGAGGCUUCAUUAGUCGGAAUCUGCGUGGCGGCAGCGCUGAAGCGACUCUCCAGGCUGCCUCUCCCCCAGGCUGCAAGCACGAAAGCGCGGGGAGGGAGCGGAAACCCACUGUGUGAUUCACCACCCGCUGGACGCGCACGGAGGACCCUAGGGCUCGAAGGCACCUCCGUUUUUAGGGUCUGUGGCCCGGACUGAAGCAGGAUCUGACUUGAGGCCACCUGGCCUUCUCCUCCGUGGAUAAUGCCUGGCUGCUGAAGAAGAGAGACAAAAGUUUGCCGCGGAGGGAAAAGCCGUCCCCCUCCCCGGCCGGAAGAAGGCGAAUGCUUUGCUUUCUUAGCUGAUCUGGUAGGAAUGAUGACCGAGCGAGGAUGUGCACCAGCAGCCAGAUCAUCGGGAGCCUCCUGGUGCUCUCCGUGCUGGAGAUAGGGCUGGGGGUAUCCAGCGUGGCCGUGGGGGCAGUCAGUUUUAGCCUGGCUCUUGCAAAGCAAACGCCUCAGCUGGGAGACUCUUCUCCGGUAUGGAGCGGGGUGUGUUUUCUUCUUUGUGGAGUAUGUGGAAUACUGUGUGCCAAAAAGAAAUCAGGACUCGUCAUGAUACUUUUCUCAGCCUGCUGUAUCUGUGGACUAAUUGGAGGAAUACUAAAUGUUCAGUUCCUUCGUGCGCUGACAAAGAAAUCCUCGUCCCUCUAUUCAUUGCAUGUUACCUCCAUGUCUCUUGCAUGCAUCGGAAUUGGCGGCUGCACACUUUCUUCAUGGCUCACUUGCCGACUAGCCAGCUAUGAGCAAAGGAGAAUGUUUUCAGAAAGAGAGCAUUCACUUCAUCACUCCCACGAAAUGGCUGAGAAAAGAUUGAGGGGUAUUGAAAUAACCGACCUGCCUAGCUGCCCAGUGGUUCCACCAACACCAGAGUUACCCCCAAGCAGACAGGUAUCCUCAUCACCAAACCCCCACCUCAACCGACAUUAUCUGGCACCUUUUCUGGAAAUCCCAUCAGAGACUAAGGAAAUGACAGACAACAUGAGUAAUGGAGGACCACAUCUAAUUUAUAAUGGAAGAGCAUACUGAAAGAUUUACAACGCUCAGAGAACAACAAUUUUCAGGAUUUCCUUUAGGGAAACAACAUAGAUGACAAGAACUUUGUGCGAAGGCCCUGAAAAUGUGUUGGCUUUGGGGGUGGGGGCUAUUAACGAUUUAACAUCUAAAAUAUGGCACAGUUGCAUCUUCUUUCUGAGGGUUUCUUUAAUUUUCUUUUCCAUAUGUUAAAGACAUUGCAUUGCAUAUUGAACAUAUGCAGUAAUUAAUUUCCCUAAUAUUUUCUUCAUUGUCCAAACCAUUUUUCUACACAGCUACAAUAAUAUUUGAAACAAUCUGUUCAGACCUUUCUUCUUCUGAAGAUUUUUCAAAAUAACAAAUAAUUUAAAAAGCCCCAUACCUAUGAAAACGCAGAGGGUUUAAGCAAUGGAAUGCACAAUGGCAGAAACUGAAAUUAGACUUGAAAGGCUUGCCUUUCCUAUGCAGAGUCAAAUGAAUGAAUGAUGAGCAUGCUGCAACAACACUGGUGUCUUUGUUUUUGAAAAACAGAAUGCUUUAAGGAUGCCAUAAGUCAAAACCUGAACAAUGCCUUGCUGUAAAGAACUGUAAAUAUUUCCAAUUUGUGAAGUAUAUUUCAUAAUUUGUUCAUAAAAUAUGUCAAAUAAAAUGAACCUAAAAAUGU